AGAUUUAAAGGCGUCGGUGAGCUUUAACAAUCUGUGCCCUAUUUAAAUCUUGGUGGCGUAAUAAGAGAGACAAUCAAACUCUAGAGAGAGAAGCUAGAGAGAGAGAGAGAGAGAGAGAGAGUUUCUCUCUCUUCAAUGGCGGAAUCAAGCGACUCAGUUUCCAUCGAUGUUGAGAGAAUUUCUUUUGGGGGAAAGGAGCAUAUCGUACAAACAAGUUGUGGCCCAUUAUGCGUUUCGGUGUACGGAGAUCAAGAGAAGCCUGCACUUGUUACUUAUCCUGAUGUAGCUCUAAAUUACAUGUCUUGCUUCCAAGGAUUAUUUUUUUGGCCUGAAGCUUCUUCUUUGCUGCUUCAAAAUUUUUGCAUUUAUCACAUAAGUCCUCCUGGACAUGAGUUGGGAGCUGGUCCAAUUUCUUCAGAUGUGCCAAUCCCUUCUGUUGAUGAACUUGCAGAUCAGAUUGCAGAAGUUCUUGAUCACUUUGGGUUAGGUCCAGUGAUGUGCAUGGGAGUUACAGCUGGUGCCUACAUUCUUACACUUUUUGCUACGAGAUAUAGAGAGCGGGUUCUUGGUCUGAUACUUAUCUCGCCUCUGUGCAAAGCACCCUCAUGGACAGACUGGUUGUAUAACAAGGUUAUGUUGAAUAUGCUCUAUUAUUACGGCAUGUGCAGUUUGAUAAAGGAAUUCUUACUUCAAAGAUACUUCAGUAAGGAAGUGCGAGGUGGUCCUCAGGUCUUAGAAUCCGAUAUAGUACAAGCCUGUAGAAGUUUGCUAGAUGAGAGACAAAGUACAAAUGUUUGGCGGUUUCUACAGUCAAUCAAUGCGCGACGGGAUAUUACAGAACAGUUGAAGAGAUUACAGUGCAGAACAUUAAUAUUUGUGGGUGAGAACUCCCCUUGCCAUUCAGAAGCCCUUCACAUGGCCUCCAAGCUGGACAAAAGAUAUAGUGCCUUGGUUGAGGUACAAGCAUGUGGGUCCAUGGUGACAGAAGAGCAGCCCCACGCCAUGCUGAUACCCAUGGAGUACUUCCUCAUGGGCUAUGGGCUGUACAGGCCGAGCCAGCUCAGCACCAGCCCACGGAGCCCAUUAAGCCCAUCUUGCAUAUCACCGGAGUUAUUCUCACCUGAGAGCAUGGGGUUAAAGCUAAAGCCUAUUAAGACGAGAAUCUCUCUUCAAGUCUGAAACUUUUGCGAGCAUACACUAGUUUUAGUAGUAGUGUAAAAUUCUAGGUGUACAAUUCUUGGGGGGUUGUAGAUACAAAAAAAAAAGAGGAGAUUGUGAGAUUCUUGUAUUGUAUUCAUUCAUUUGUAGUCAGCACUCUUUAUGUAAAGCUUUCAUUGUUUAUAGUUGGCCUAGUGACUAUAAUAAUGAUGAUGACAAUCAUGUGAUUGUGCUUUUCUGCUCGCC